AUGAGCACAAUAGCUAGUUUGACGAACUAUGAACUUGUUGAUAUAGGAGCGAAUUUAUCACAUCCUUCUUUUGCGGAUGAUUUGGAAAUAGUUCUUGAAAGAGCUCAGCAAGCAGGUAUUACCAAAAUAAUGCUUACUGGCACAAGUGAGACAAUAAGUAAAGAUAUUGUUGCCUUAGCAGAGAAGAAGCCUGGGUUCCUAUAUGUGACAGCAGGAGUUCAUCCGCAUGAUGCAAAAGAUUUUAAUGAGGAUAGCUUGGACGUUCUUCGUAAUCUGCAUAAACACCCUCAAUGUGUUGCAGUCGGAGAAUGUGGGCUAGAUUACAAUCGCAACUUUUCUCCUCCCGACGUUCAGAGGGAUGUUUUCCGAAAACAAGUUGAGCUGGCUUGUGAUCUUCAUCGACCAUUGUUCAUUCACGAGAGAGAUGCUCAUGAAGAUAUGGUGACAAUCCUGGAAGAAUUCAAAGAAAAACUUCCUCCUGCCGUUAUUCAUUGUUUUACUGGUACUGCAGAUCAAGCUAAGAAAUAUAUUGAGAUGGGGUUGUAUAUUGGCUUGACCGGGUUUUUGUCGAAAGAUAAUACAGUUGACGGUGUUCAGUUUUGUUUAAGAGAAGGAAUUAUACCCCUAGAACGUUUACUCCUGGAAACGGAUGCUCCGUACAUGUAUCCUAGACUGAACUUGAAGAAACUGCCACUUCAUGUAAGUGAAACAAUAACCGAAAAUGCAAAAGCUAUUCACAUGUUUUCUUCUUUCAAACGGAACGAGCCUAGUUCUCUAGCUGUGAUAUGCGAGAUGAUAGCAUCUUUUAUGGGUAAACACCCCGAACAGGUAGCCCGAGUGACCAGCGAGUCUGCAAAAAAAAUUUUUAGCCUCGAUUAA